CGAUGGUUCAUUACUCACCGGGUUGCCGAAAUUUAUCACAAGCCAUGCUAUAUAAAGUUGGAGGACCCUCGAAGUCGACUGCAGCCUCGGAGAACGUCAAGCAGCUCAUACUGAGUCACAAGAUACAGACAAGACGCAAUGGAAAUACCGUCCGUCCAAAAGGCAAUCAUCUAUGAUGAACCCGGCACGCUAUCAACCCAGGUUAUUGGGCUAUUAGUACCUGAACCGGGUCCUGGAGAAGUCCUCAUCCAUCUUACUCACUCGGGCGUGUGCCAUUUUGAUUUUGGAGUCAUGAUGAAUUCAUGGAGCACGCUGCCUGCCCCAACACCGAAGGGCCAAAAAUAA